CCACAUAAUUAACCAUCUGGUUUCUUCAAUUUUCACUCAGGAGCAAAAAUCUGCCUUUAAACUUGAAAGAAAUAAUGAUUUAACAUCUAUCGUGAUAAGUAUCGAUCUCAAACAAUAUGAAAUGUUUUUAUCGUGACUACAUUUUUGGCCGUAUCGUCCAGCCCUAAUUUCAAUGAAAAUUAGAAUAGUGAUGUAAAAAUGACCGUUCCCUCUAAUGCCGCAAAUCAGAUCGCAAUAUCAGUCAAAAUAAUUAUAAUUAGAUAUUUCUCCUAUCUAUAAAAAUCAAAACUUUUGUUGUGUGGGGGGGUAUUUCUGCUGCCUGUCCUUCAUUUUUGACUAUUUUCAUCAAAACUUUAACGUUUUCAUCAGCAGAAGUUUACGUGUUUACAAACAUCAAAAUCCCGGUUAGAUUUUAGUUAGUUACCCAAAAAUGAUCUUUAACAUGACCUCUGUUAUGAUCAAUCUGUCAGCGCUGUGAGGACACAGAUCUCCGGACAUCGUACAGAAGAAAACACUGUCCUUUACUGCAGUAGUCGCUGUUUAAAUCAAACUAAUGUGUGAAAGCUGCAACUGAUCAAUGAACAACCAUCUGUCAUGUUGUGAUUGAUCACACCGUAGUGAUCAGGCUGGAGGAGAUGAUGGUGAGGACGACUGUGCAGCAGCUCAAACAAGUGGUGAUGUCACACAGACAUGUGACUGAGUUACCAUGGAGACUGAGGCCGACAGAAACACCGCUGCUGGACCUGAUCAGUCUGCAGAUCCUGAAUCAGACCUGACGCUUGGCUCCGCCUCCUCCCUCUUUUCACCUGAAACAGAUGAGGCCCUAAGCCCCGCCCCCUCUGCUGACUUGCGCCGCCCACCACCUCCAGACACUGUGACCGAAGAAACAACAGCUCCUCCUCCUGCAGCUGACCACGCCCCCUCCGAUCCAGCUGUUGACACCUGGGUCACAUCACAGCUGCUGGUUCCGCCCACUGCGGUGUGGCAGAACCAGCUGAUCAUCGUGGAGCAGCAAGGUCAGACGCUGCCCGGUGAACAUGUGGUGAGGGUGAUCGUGGCGGGCCAAUCAGAGAGCAGAGAGGUGUUUGUCAUCCCGUCCAAUCAGCUCUCAGGAUCCCAGCUGGCUGUGAUCUCCAGUAGCCCAGCAGGUGCUGUUGUUAACAUCCCUGUUACCACGGUGACAGACUCCAGCCAACCUCCCAGUGAGACGCCGCCGGCCAUCAGCAGCCUGGAUGUUUCUUCUAGUGUGAAGCCGCUGCUCUGCGGGGCCCCCAGCUGGGCCCUGAGGCUCCGUAAUGCUCAGAAGUUGGGAGACUCCUACAGAGGCUUCUGCUGUUCAGAGGCCGAGCUGGAGGCCAUCUUGUUGCUCCAUAAGCAGCAGACCGGCUGUGUCUUCGGGACCCGUCAGUCUCCGUCUGUGGACAAACCAGCAACCAGACUCAUGUGGAAGUCUCAGUACGUCCCCUACGACGGCAUCCCGUUCGUCAACACAGGCAGCAGAGCGAUCGUGAUGGAGUGUCAGUUCGGACCUCGCAGGAAGGGACAGCAGCCGAACAGGAGCUGUGAACACGCAGAGGGAACAUACAGAGCCACCUGUCCUGCCAGGAUCUACAUAAAGAAAGUUCGUAAGUUUCCAGAGUUCAGAGUUCCCACGGAGCCGACGGCGGACAGGAAGAUGGUGAGGCAGGAGCAGGAGAAGGCCUUCCAGAACCUGAAGAACCAGAACCUGGAGACAGGUGGAGUCAUCAGGUUCUACCUGCAGCUCCCCACAGAGAGAGCUCACCUGUAUCACACUGUGGACCCCAUCCCCCCACCUCCCCCUGACCUCCCCCCUCCCCCCACACAGCCAGAGGAGGAAGAGGAAGAGGAGACAGGAGAGCAGGAUGGAGUCAUCCCGUCCCGCCUCCACCCUCAGGUGGCAGAGAAGAUCAGACAGCUGGUGGCUGCAGGUCACCGUCAGGUCUACAGCGUCCGCAAACAGCUCAGGCGGUUUGUGGAGAAGGACUUGUGUAAAUGCAUCAGUCCUCCAGAGAGACACGACCUGAGAUACUUCCCCACUGUCAACGACAUCAAGAACCACAUCCACGAAUCCCAGAAGGCCUUGGGGCUGACCACCACCGCUGAGUGGACAGAAGACAGAAGUGAUCCUGUGAUGGAGGCCGCCACCCUGACCCUGAGUCCUGCUGCUCAAGCUGUGGACUCUUUGUCUCCUGAAGCUGUUCAGCUCUUCACUUCUCUCUCGUCUCUGCAGCCGAAGAUCUUUGCUCAGCUGCAGGGAAUCCUGCAGCCGCUCCCUCCUCCUCCUCCCUCUUCCUUCCUGCAGACUCCUGUAGGGGAGUCAGCGGGGGCGUGGGGCCCAGAGGAGGUGCUCGAUGAGGGGCGGCAGCCUGGUAAAGGAACCCAGCAGGUGGUUCUACCGAACGGAGAGAACGUCCAGCUGCAGAUCAUCAACUCUGCUGCCCAAAGUGAGGACGCUCCGGUUGAUGUUAACGUGCUGCAGGUGGAGGUGAAAGAGGAAGAGAUGAAGGAGUUGGAGGACUCGUCUGGCUCAUGUUGAGUCAGACUUGUUGACUCACCAGCACUGAUCCCAUCACUGUGUCAUACUCACCAUCAGUACGUUUAAAAUGGUGGGAGCACA